CGUGAACGUAACCGGAAGUGUGUGGUUGUUCGGCGCCGUUGAUUGGUCGAGCACUGCUGCAUGGCGUGCCUCGCGACUGUUCCGCAGGCUCGUGACGCUGGUUGGUUUGCGCAACAAAACAAAAGACAACAAUUUGGACUUCUUUCUUUUUUUCUUUUAAUCUUUAUUCCCACUUUUUAUGUGACAACCACCGCAAUGGACGUCCGCGGAGCUUUGUCGCAGUGACGCCGUCAUGUCUCAGCCCGGUUCCGAGUCCGCGGUCCAUGACGACGAGGAUGAAGAGAGACAUGCAUCUGCUGCUCACUACUAAUUUCAAAGUCAGCAUUUCAUUGCCUCACCAUCAAUAUUUACCAGACAGAUUUGCAAAUGAAAAUGGAGGAUAUGGCCCUUUCAGGCCCAGACAACACCAGGCUGGAGGCUUUGGUCCAUGACGUCUACUCUGAGCUGGUGGAGGACGCCUGUUUGGGCCUUUGUUUUGAGGUGCAUCGAGCCGUGAAGCACGGCUAUUUCUUCCUUGAUGAAACUGACCCGGAAAGCACAAAGGAAUUUGAGAUUGUAGAUCAGCCGGGGCUGGACAUAUUUGGACAAGUGUAUAAUCAGUGGAAGAACAAAGAGUGCGAGUGUCCCAACUGCAAGCGACUCAUUGCGGCCUCUCGAUUCGCCCCCCACUUGGAGAAAUGUCUUGGCAUGGGACGCAACAGCAGUCGCAUCGCCAGCCGCAGGUUGGCUAGCAACAACAACAACAACAACGUCAGCAAGUCGGAGAGUGACCAGGAAGACAACGAUGACCUCAACGACAACGACUGGUCGUACGGCGCCGAGAAGAAAUCCAAGAAGAAGAAGUCGGAUAAGAAUCAAAAUUCACCACGGCGAUCCAAAUCUCUUAAACAUAAAAAUGGUGAGCUCGGAACCGGCGUCAGCUCCGAAGCUUUCAAGUACAACAACUACAACGCCGGCAUCAGCUACGAAAGUCUCGCGCCCGAGGAAGUGAGAUCGCUGUUGACAACGCAAUGCGGCGUGAUCUCUGAACACACCAAGAAGAUGUGCACCAGGUCUCAGCGAUGUCCCCAGCACACGGACGAACAGAGGAGGGCCGUCAGGGUGUUCCUCCUGGGGCCGUCCGCGUCAUGCCUUCCCGACGCCGACACCGCGAUGGAGAGUGAGACCUUUGACCUUCCCGACAGCGGCCAGAGCCUGAUCAGCCGCCUGCAGUGGGAAGACUCCCCGGAUAUUUCCCCCACCGACUCCGCCUCAUCCAGAGCCAGCACAAACCACUCAGACCCUCGGAGGCCCAAGAAGAAGAAGCGUUGCUCUCUGGCUUUGACCAGCGGAGGCGGAGCUGAAGCAGGAAGUGGAAGCCUGACAGGAGGGGGCGGAGGAGGCGGAGGAGGCAGCUCUCAGAGUAACAUCAGCAGCUUGACCAGCAAAAAAAAGAGACCCAAACUUUCCGCACCUUCUAUUUCGAGCAUCUACGACGACUUAAACUAAGAGUUUGGACAGAUGAUGCAUUCAGGUGAUGUUUUUCCCCCCCCCCCCCUGUUUUGGGCACAGUUGGUGAGCGCCGCAAGAUGUGACCGUGUGCAUGUAGGUCACGCACAAUCACGUUGACACAUUCCUCUGCUGCUUCAUCAUCGCCUAUUUAGUAACUCUGUUUUUCUAUGCGGCAUUUCCUCACACAACCAAGCAUCCUUGAAUGUGACAAGUUUGCAAACGUCUUUUUGUGUACUUUGUGUUAAGAGAUGUGUAGUAGCCGUUAUGGAUCCUAAUGGUCUUACGUGACAUUUUGUUUUUGCACAUUUGAUGUUCUGGUAGAUGGCGGCGGAGAGCAGUGUGCACUGUAAACAACAAUAAGCUCAUUUGCAUCAACCUCAAAACUGGAUUAAGACACUCUUGAUUUCGUUUGAAAUAUAAUUGUAUAUAUUUUUAUAGUCCUGUGCAGUUUUGUAAUGUCAUUGGAGAUCAGGUCUAGUGAUGUGCACUAACUAGAAAUGUCGUAAAAAAAAAAUGUCGUUAGUGACAUAUAGUACUGUUGUGCGUACUGUUGUUUAGAAAUAAACCAAGACCGGGACAUAUUUUUAAAAUGAUUUUAAUUGGAGAUGUCACUAAAGUCCAGGACUCCUCCAAAUGUCUUUUUUUAAAUUAUUUUCCAAGUGCC